AUGGAUAAUAUCCGAUUCGACACCUCAUUGAUGAGAAGGAUCUUCUUGAUGUUGCAUUUGGAGGCUUUGGUAAGAUCUUUGAAGAUUUUGGGACUGGGAUCUUGGUCAUGAGACAUGAAAAUUUUGGUGUGGGGAAAAUUUUACGUUUUGGAGAGUUAAAAAUAAGGUCAGAAUUUAUUAAGGGAGUGUAAAAAAGCUCAAGCUAGAAAGGCCGAUCGUUUUUGGUCCGAACUUUUCUGAAUUUUGUAUAAAAUACGGCAAAAAUGACGAAAAAUGCCCAAAAUUUUUUCUUCCACCCACAAUUUUUGUAUGACCGACGUUGCUGGUCCGGAACACUGUAAAACUCAAAAAAUAGACUUACCAGGCUUCCAAGAUUCAAAUUUAGCAGGAAUCCAUCCAUCGCGUUGUAACAAAUGAUAUCUAGACCAAUUUCGGCUGUAUUUCAAAAUAACAGAGUGAUAUCCGGCGGGCUUUACAGUAAUUCCCACCAGCCAUGGAAUUACUUUCUAUAGAAAGCUUUCUAUUCUCAUAUUCGUCUGGAAUAUUACACUCCGAGGCCUAUUGGUGUAUUUUCAAGGCCAUUAGGCCUAGUUAUUGUCCUUUUUGGCGGGAUUUACGGUAGAAACCCACCAGCCAAAAAUGGAUCGUUAAAAUUUAUUAUUUUUGGGAUGAAUUUCUAAUAUAAAGAAGUCUUGAGUUUCAAAUUGAAUACACUGAGGCAAUUAGAGCUCAAAGCCCACUGGCUUGAUCCCUUUUUUGAGUAUUUAACUCAAAAAUUAUGUUGUACUAGACAUCAGAUAUCAGGACCGAGGGAAGUUUUAAUAUUUUUGCAUAUUACUGCCCCUAAGCUCAGAGUAAAUCAUCUCAAAUCAACUUAAAACCAUGUUGCGGGUCUCAAAUCAGGAAUUUCGUCACCAAAAUACCCAAAAAAAAUCCCGUGUCAUCAUCUACUACAAUAUCAUUAUUUUAGGAUUUUUGGAUCAAAGAUGGUGUUAAAGAAGUCAAAAGAUGUCAAAAGAAAUGCCCAGAUGACUGUGGCAAAUCACCUCAUGAUGACGGAUUUCCUGGGAUUUUGUUGAGAAAUUCCCAACUUUGAAAUCCGCUUAGAAUCCCCAAAAAAACCCCGAAACAACCCCAAAGUCCCCUGGACUUACACGUCGACCGUUCCCCAACUCCAACCGCCGGGACGGCAGCGGUGGUUGGAGUUGGGGCCAUCGCCGGAAUGGCGGGUUGUUCGCCGAAGCGGGAGGUGGUGCUGUCGCUGCUACUCAUGUUGAUCUAG